AUGGAAUGUAAUAAGGAAGAAGCUCGAAGAGCAAUGGAUAUUGCACAGAGGAAACUCUCCAAGAACGAUUACAAUGGAGCGAAAAAAUUCGUUAACAAGGCUCAAGAUAUGUAUCCAGCGCUCGAUGGUCUGAAACAAGUUAUGACGAUAAUAGAUGUUUAUAUCUCUGCAUCAAACCAGAGCAACGGAGCCGAUUGGUAUGGAAUCCUCGGUGUAGAUCCUUUAGCUGACGAUAGAAAAUUGAAGAAACAGUACAAGAAGUUGGCUCUUUUGCUUCAUCCAGACAAGAACAAGUUUCAUGGCGCGGAAGGCGCGUUUGUUCUGGUUUCAGAUGCUUUUUUUCUGUUAUCUGAUCAUUCUAAGAGAAUGGCGUAUGAUCAAACGAGGAAAUCGAAAGAAUAUGGACAAAAGGCGAGAGAUCAUGCUUCUUAUUCAAGCGCAAAGGAUCCACGAAGAUGGUUUGAUGACCUAAAAGUGAGAGAUGCUUAUUCAACUUCUGAAUCUGAUAGCGCAAAGGAGUUUCGAGAAUGGUUUGAGAAACAGAAAGUAAAAGAUGCUUCUCGUUCGACUUGUUCUGCUUCUGAUAACGCAAAGAAGGAUCCACGAGAAUGGUUUGAUGAAGUAAAAGUGAGACAUGCUUCAACUUCUGAAUCUGAUAGCACGAAGGAGUUUCGAGAAUGGUUCGAUAAACAAAAAGUAAAAGAUGCUUCUUCUUCAACUUCUGUAUCUUAUAGCGCAAAGAAGGAUCCACGAGGAUGGUUUGAUGACGUAAAAGUGAGAGAUGCUUCAACCUCUGAAUCUGAUAGCGCAAAGGAGUUCAGAGAAUGGUUUGAUAAACAAAAACUAAGAGAUGCUUCUUGUUCGACUUCUUGUGCUUCUGAUAACGCAAAGAAGGAUCCACGAGGAUGGUUUGCUGCAGCGACUGCUAGAGUAAAUGAAAAAGAAGAAGCAGAGAGGCUUAGCAAGAAACCAACAGGAAACGCAAACUCUACUUUCGAAGCACAAAGGAUUUUCAAGAUUUAG